AUGGGUAUAGAUACAACUAUGAAAAAGCAUUCAAGUAGAAGCCAUAAACUUUCAAAGAAUGAUUUAACAUUUGAAAAACCAAUUCUAAAAGAAUCGACAACCAAAGAUUCUUGUAGUGAUGAUGAAGAAAUAGAAUUUGAAGGAUGGGUUGAAUUCAUUACAAAGGAUGAUAAAUGCACAGAUGAAAAUGAUGAAUAUGAAAAAGCACCUAAAAGUACCCAAGAAAAAAGAAAUAGUAAAAUAAAAUCAUUUAUACCAAUUCAAAAAGAAGAAAAUGAUUUUAUAAAAAAUAAAAAUGAAAAAGUAUAUAUAUCUUCAAGAAGGAACUCCAAUAAAAGUAAUAUUUCCAUGAAUGACCAAUAUCCUAGAUACUCAUAUAUAUCACCAAAUUAUUUUUAUGAACAACCACAAAAUAUCGUGCCAUUAUGUAAUCAGACGAGUUAUACUAACGAAAACAAAAUUAUUUAUCCAGUAUAUUUGAGUAACACACAAGAAUGCUCAAAGGCUGGCAUAAAUAUUAUAAAGCCUAAUUAUAUAGAUCCACCUCCUCCUAUAGUUUUAAAAAAUACACAGAUUCUUCCACAAUUAUAUAUAAGACAGCCUCCUACAGUUAUAGUAACAAAUGAAUCCAGACCACCAUUAGUUAUUAACCCCCCACCUGCUAAUGUUAUAUUUAAAAAUAAAGCUCCACAACCUAUAUAUGUAAACAGCACUAGGCCAAACAUAAUAAUAAAAAACGACACACCAUCUACUCAGAACCCAAUAAAUAUGGAUGAAACCCCUAUUCAAUUAGAUGUAAUGCCUGAGAAUCGUGAAAAUACAAUUAAUAGUUCUAUAAAAUAUUCAUCCGCGGCUAAUAUUAAAACAGAUGUAAACAUUCUACCAAAUUCGAUCCCAACAAAUGUUUUACACCUCGAAAAUAAUACUAAUGAUUAUAUGGCUUCACAAAAUAUGCCAAGCAUUUAUAUGCUCAACAACAAUAAUAUCAGACCGCAAGUUUUGUAUCAAAAUGGAUUACCCAUAUCUACAAUUAAUGCAGUUAAUCCGGAUUUCCCUAUUAACAAUGUAAUAUGCGAAAAAGGAAUAUUCGAUUUUGAAAACACCGUAUUUAAUCCUGUUGAGCUAGCUAAUUCUUCUACGAUUCAACCCAUCUAUUCCCAACCUCUUCCUCAAGUUUUCCAAGCAUCUACUCAAUUUCCACAAUCUGUUUCUCAAUAUUGUCAAACUGCACCCCAAAAUUCUCAACCCAUUAUACAAUAUUGCCAAGCUCCUCCCCAAAAUUCUCAACCUCUUCCUCAAGUUUGCCAAGCACCUACUCAAUUUCCACAAUCUGUUUCUCAAUAUUGCCAAACUGCACCCCAAAACUCUCAACACAUUCUACAAUCGUGCCAAGCUUCUCCCCAAGUUUCUCAACCACUUCCGCAAUCUUUCCAAAAUAACAACUUAUUAAAUCAAGUAACGAUUCCAAAUUCUUUAUCGCAGGCCGUUCCAAAUCAUCAAGUUCAUCCAUCGAUACCUCAAGGAGUUCAAUCUUUUCCUCAAUCAGGAGUAGUACACAAUGCUUCACAAUCACAUAGCUCAGUUCAACCUACACUAUAUUCAGUGCCACAAGCAACACAAUAUACCAAUCAAAAUUAUCAAAUGCAUAAUAAUGUAAAUUUACAACCAAUGGGUUAUGAAAAAGAAAUACAACAGUACAGGUAUUUAAAUACAUCUCCUCAGGUAAUUAAUCAAAAGUAUAUGCCUUCACAUACAGAUAUGAGAUUACAAAUGAGAAAUAGUGUUAUUCCUAGAAAUGGAUCAAUGGUACCAAACAAUAUAAUGCAAUCAGAGGCGCAUAUGGAAAGAUAUCGUAAUCAUUCGACGAAUAAAAGAAAUGCAAACAUUCCUAUAAUACAUAAUUCAUAUAAUUCAUUAGAAAAUGUAGCUACUUGUGGGACCAUAGGUUGUGGUGCAAAACAAAAAAGUUCUCCUGUGAGCCCUUUAAGAAGAAGAAGUACAUAUGUAAAUUUAAAACAAGAUUUUAUUAAUCCCCCCGUCAAAAGUGUUCAAAUAGUUUCUCACCCCGCUAUCAAUAGAAACACAAGAGACUAUAGCACUUAUCGAUGA